AUAUAUGUCCGCCGCACGCGUGCCUUGGAUGUGUGUAUUUGAUCAGCUCUAUGUUAGUAAGAUCAUAUCUAUCGCGGUUUUUACAGUGUUCUAUCUUUUACAAGGACACAGCUGUCUAUUUGAAUAAGGUAGCCUCAUGCUCCAGCGUUUCUGUGAUACACGCUUGUAAAUUUUCAUCGGGAACACUGAACCUUGCCGGGAAAACGGAGAGAAGAUAUAUGCAAUCUCCUACAGCUAAGCGUCUUUGUAGUGAAAAAAUGACAGUAAAAAUCGGCACCCACAGUGGGACAUUUCACUGCGACGAAGUGUUAGCAUGCUUCUUUCUUUGUCAGCUCCCGGAGUACAAGGAUGCUGAAAUCAUUCGAACCCGUGACCCUGCAGAGCUUGCCAAGUGUGACCUCGUUGUGGAUGUUGGAGGGGAGUUUGAUGCAAAGAGGCAUCGCUAUGAUCAUCACCAGAGGUCAUUCGCGGAGACCUUUCACAGCCUAUGCCCAGAGAAGCCCUGGGUGACCAAGCUGAGCUCGGCCGGUCUUGUGUACCUGCAUUUUGGCAAGGAGAUCCUGGCCCAUCUCACCCAACUGGAGCUCGGCGACAGACAGCUCGAGGUGCUUUACGACAAGCUGUAUGAGAACUUUGUGGAGGAGAUCGAUGCCGUGGACAACGGCAUCUCGCAGACGGACGGAGAGGCGCGCUACACCAUCACCACCUCCCUGAGUGCUCGUGUCGGCCACCUCAAUCCCCGCUGGAACAGCAAGAGCCAGGACACCGAGGAGGGUUUCCACAAAGCCCUGGCCCUGGUGGGAGCCGAGUUCCUGGACCGCCUGGACUAUUACCGGCACGCCUGGCUGCCGGCCCGUGCCGUGGUGGAGGGAGCCGUCCAAAUGAGAAAUCAGGUGGACCCCAGUGGGGAAGUGGUGGAGUUCUCCCAGGGCGGUUGCCCCUGGAAGGAGCACCUGUUCUCCCUGGAGAAGGAGCUGGACGUGCAGACCCCCAUCAAGUUCGUCCUGUACCCGGACCAGAGCGCUCAGUGGAGGGUGCAGUGUGUGCCCGCCGGCCUCAACACCUUCCUGAACAGGUUGUCCCUGCUGGAGGAGUGGAGAGGGGUUCGGGACGACGCCUUGUCCAAGCUCAGCGGAAUCCCGGACUGCAUUUUCGUCCACGCCAGUGGCUUCAUCGGGGGGAACAAGACCAAGGAGGGGGCACUGGAGAUGGCCAGGCGGACAAUACAGGCAGCAGCCACGGACAAGGCUGAAAACGGAAGCAGCUGAAUUAGCAGAGGAAGACCGUUCAAUUUAGGACAUGUCUCGUUAUACACAGGGUAAUGUGCUGCGUGUGUCCUUUUCUAAUAAAAUAUGUAUUUGUG